CAACUGUCAAAGUGAAUCUGACGAGAUUGUCAAUAUUGUUAUUCUGUCAAUUCUUUCUUUUCUUUCGGUACCGCACAAUUUAUUUUCUAUUCGACAGAGUAAUUUCUUUGUAUUUUUAUGCUGUGAUGGGAAUAAGACUUAAUUAUAUAUGUCUAGACUAUCUUAUGUUUAACAGUUUAGGUUUUCUUUACAGUAGUAAAACUCAAAAUCUAUGAAGAACUGUGAAAGCGGGGGAAGCUUGCUUAGAACUACUGAAACGCCGCUUGCGAAAGCAAUUAAAAUUUCGUAUUACCCCGAACUCUCCUAGAAAAAGUUUAUUACUUAAAAGAAUCAAUCGUAAAUAAAUGCAAGGGCAAAGAGACAAGGGCGAAGUGCACGCUUGCUGGUGAUAAGUGAAGUUUGAGGCACGUGCCGAGUGCAGGUCGUGUGUCGGGAGCGCCGCCUCGCGGCUCGGCUCGAUGGUGAUGGCCACGGGCAGCGUGUGUCAGCCGGCCGCCGGCGACCUGUCGCAUGAGGCGGGUGAAGCGAGCGACGACGCGAGUGAAGCGGCUGCCCUGCACGAGCGCCUCGUCGCGUAUGUGCACGCGCUCGCCGGCGGCCCCGAGCCGCGCUCCGGCGUGUGGGUGGAGCACUCGUACGCGCGCGCGCGGGGCGCCGCCGCCGCCGCGCACGUGCGCGUGCUGCUGGCGCCGCGCCUGCCGCCCGACGGCGCCCUCGACGUCACGGCGCUCGAGCCCGCGCCGCCGCCGCCGCCGCACGCCGAGCCGCCGGCCCCGGACGACUCCGACGGCGACGAGGACUGCGGCGCGGGCUGCGGCGCGGCGCCUGCGCGGCGCCGCGGCCGCCGCGUGCGUGGCGGCGCGCCGGCCUGCGCCGGCGCCUGGCUGCACGCCACGCUGCUGAGCGCGCCGCGCGCCCGGCGGCUGUACGAGGAGGCGGCGGCGGAGCUGCGUCGCAUGGCGCCGCGCGUGGCGGAGCGCGCGAUGGGCGCGGGGAGGCGGCGGCGCGCUGGCGGCGGUGGGGCGGCCGGUGCGGCGGCGGGGCCGUGGCUGGUGUGGGUGGGGAGCGGGCGGGCGCGCGCGGACGAGCGCUGGACGCGGCGGCUGGGCGCGCUGGUGCACGUGCGGGUGCUGGAGGCGGGCGCGGCGGCGGCGGCGCCGGACGCGUGGUGCGCGGCGGCGGCGGGGGGGGUUCGCGCCGCGCUCGCCGACGUGCUGCAGGAGGCCGGAGACCGUGCGGUGGUGCUGGGCGGCUUCGGCGCCGGCGCGGCGCUGUGCACGGCGCUGGCGGGCUGCGGCGGCGCGCGGCUGCGGGGGCUGCUGCUGCUGGCGCCGCCGCUGCUGACGGCCGAGGGCGCGCGCGAGCAGCCCGACGACCCGCUGCGCGAGCUGGCGCCGCCUGUGCUGCUGGUGGUGGGCUCCCGCGCCGCCACGUGCUGGCGCGGCGCGCGCGCGGCGGCGCGGUCGGCGCGGCGGCGCGUGCUGGAGCUGCGCGGCGCGGACGCGGCGCUGCGCCUGCCGCGCGCGCGGCGGCGGCGGCGCGUGCCGCAGAGCGCGCUGGACGCGGCGGUGGCGGACGAGCGCGCGCUGGCUGCUGGACGGCGCGCGGCGCGGAGGCGGAGGCGGCGGAGGCGCGAGGCGCGGGAGGCGCGCGAGGAGUCGCCGCCGCGCGCGCGGCGCCGGCGCCCCGAGCGCGAGCAGCUGCCCGACGACCACGAGGAGUUCGCGCACCUGCCGCCCACUGCCCUGGCGCCUCCCGCCGCCCUUACGCCGCCCGCUGCUCCUGCGCCGGCCCCGCCUGGGAGCGAGGAGGGUCGCGUGGUGUCGCGCGGGCCGGCGGGCACGCCGCUGGCGCUGCUGCCGCCGCGCCGCGCCGCGCUGGCCGCCGCCGACAUCCUGCGCCUGCCCAUCGUGUUCGCGGACGACGCGGCGCCCGAGCCCGCGCCCGGCGUGACCGUGACGGCGGGCCGCGCGCACCCCUACUCGCGCGUCAUCGUGGCCUCGCGCGCCCCCGCCCGCCCCGCGCCCCACCCUGCGCCCCACCCGCCCCGCGCCGCGCCCCGCCCGCCCCGUGUUGCUGCGCCGCGGCCUGCGCCUCGUGCCGCGCGCCGACCCGCCGCUCUAGUGCGCUGUCGCCGCUCUAGUGCGCUGUCGCCGCUCCACUUCCUCAAAUAUUUUGAUUAUUGUUAAUAAAGUUAGUUAUUAAGUCUCCCA